CGCAGCGAAACGUUUCAUUUGCCGUGGCGAAUUGCGAUUGUCGGCGACGACGCUGCUUGCUGCUCGCUGCUCGCUGCUGACGCCGCUGCUGACGGCGCAGGCGCAAGCGCAGAGACUUUGACUGCACACAAUCGGCACAUACGCUUAACACCUGUGUUCGUUGUUGCUGCGCUGUCGCCAUCUAUGUGUGUGUGUGUGAUAUUCAGGUGAUAAUAUGCCCGCCAUUUUCGUAAUGGAAACAAACCAGGCAAGGCAGGCCAUGGCAAGGGAGCAACUGGCCAAACACCAAGACCCAACAAUCAGCGGCAGUAAACAGCAACAACAGCAACAACAACAACAACAGCAACAAGAGCAGCAGCAGCAACAACAGCCGCUACGGCAGCCGUUGUCCGAUGUGCCCUGCUAUAAUCAAGGGAAAUAACAUUUUCAAGCAGCGUUAAAACUAACAUUAAUUAUGUCCGAAACGAACAAAACGAUCAGCGAAGAGAGCAGACAAAGACAAAGACGCAAAAACACGGCGCAAACGAAAGCAAGUCAAAUUGCCCAAAACAACAACAAAGCUUUCAAGUGAGCAAAGAGUGAGAGAGCGAGAGAACGGGAUAACAAUUGUCACUGUUAAUUUGCCUAGUGCAUUUGCAUGUGGCGCCCUCUAGCGCUUAAAUUGACCAGCACUGAUGCACCAAAAAGUCAAACGGGCAGUAAAAUGAAGAAAUUGAAAAGUAAAGAGCCAACAAGAUGGCAGGCAGCUCUGCUCAGCUCAGCUCAGCUGAGUUCGAAACUUGACGUUUCUAAAGUGCACACUGUGCGCAGUAAGCAAAUGUUGCUACAGAGUUACGCCCCACAGUCUCGGGCAAGAUGCGCAUUGCGCACAGGCGCAACAAAUUCCACAGCAGCGCACAGCUUCAGGCGAGAGAGAGCAACAAUGUUGGAAUUGGCAUACGAACUGCAACUGGUGGUAGGCCGAAUGGGGCCCGAGUGGAGCCGAGCAGCAAAACGAACGAACGAGGCGAACGAUUGAACAAGCGAGCGAACGAACGAACGAACGGACGAACGACGUUAAUAAGAAAUUAAUGUCUUGAUCAUUUUCGAUCGUUAUGUAAAUCAAUCAGGCAAAUUAUAGCUCAGGGGCUUGCCACAAUAAUUAGACCCUAUUCGUAAUGCAGCCGCAAAGGCUGCAACGCCACAGAAGGAGAGUGAGCAAGAGAGCGAUAUCGUCAUGGCGUGCAGACGACGUAGACGCUGACGCUGACGCGCCCCUCGUUCGCAAAACGAAACAAAGCGCAGAGAGCGAGAGCGCAAAGAAAAAAAUAAGAAGGCAAAAAAAACAGAACGAAAAAAAAGGCAAAGAGGAAACAUUUUUGCUGGCAUGCAACGCCUUGAUGUCUUCUUCGCAAGUUCUUCGGGCUGCAGUCGGACGUCUUCAUUAAAACAACAAAACAUUUAUGCGCCGCUUUGGCAACUCGACGUCGCCGUCGACGUCGAAGUCGAAGUCGAUGUCGAUGUCGAUCGCAGGCAACGAUCGCGUUUGAGAGCUUUUCGUCAUGGGCCAAAGAGACCAGACGAAAAAAAAGAAAGAAAGAUUCCACAGACUCUGACUCUGACUCUGGACUCUGAAGCUGGACUCCAGCUCCUAAGGCCUGGCUCGAGCUUGUUCUGUUGUGGCCAGCACAACGUAACAAGAUGCGUAAAAAUUAUUGAUUUUCCCUGACUUGAUUGUUGUUGGCUAUCAAAAUUUAAUCAUAACAUGCAGCACGAGAGCAGCGAGAGAGAG